AUGCCUACCAAAUGCAAGGACCAAGGUAUGUUCGCUAUACCUAUCAAAAUUGGCAAAGUAGGAGUUAAGAAAGCAAUGUGUGACUUAGGUGCAUCUAUAAAAGUAAUAUCAUUGUCUAUUUAUCAGUCUUUAAAUGUUGGUUCAUUGAAAGAAACUGGUGUGGUGAUACAAUUGGCUAAUAGAUCGAUUAUAUACCCCGAGGGAGUUUUAGAGGAUGUACUUGUACAAGUUGGUAAUUUAGUAUUCCCUGUUAAUUUUUACAUGGUUUAUAUGGAUGAUGAUAGGUCCUUUAAUACAUCUGACCUUCUGUUAGGUAGACCUUUCUUGACAAUUGCUAGAACAAAAAUAGAUGUUUUUGAUGGCAUGCUUACUAUAGAGUUUGAUGGGAAAAUUAUAAAAUUUAAUGUGUAUGACAGCAUGAAAUACCUAAAUGACUUUUCUAAUGUGUGUGGUGUAGAUAUUAUCGAACCUUUAGUCCAACAAGUAUUUGAGUUGCAAGGUGAGGAUGAACUAAAAACUGUUAUGUAUGAGCACCUGAAUAAAGCUAAAUUGACAGGCAUAAGUGUUGAUUUCAUCCUACAAGAAAGGCUAGGGGAUGUUGUCCAUGAACUUGAAGCUAAUAAAAUCAAACAUAACGUCUCUACUUUAGAAUUACCUACUGUUCAUUUUAAACUUCUACCAUUUGUUAUGCAAGCCCCAUAA